AUGGACCCCGCUUCGAAGGGCAAGGAAGCUCUACAGGCCGGCCAGUACGAUGUCGCCAUUGCGAAGUUCACCGAGGCACUCGCCCAGAACCCUCAGGCGGUUUCGUACUACAUCAGCCGCUCCACCGCCUACCAGCGCUCCUCGCCGCCCAGCCUCGAAGCCGCGCUCAAGGAUGCCGAGAUCGCCGUGAACCUCGCUCACAAGCGUGCUAAGCGCGAGCUCAUCGCCGAAGCACAGCAGCGCCGUGCCGUCACCUUGUUUGCCCUGGGACAGUACGCCAACGCUGGUCAUGUCUUCGGCCUGGUCAAGAAGUUUACCGACAAGGAGAAAACGUUGCAAGUGUGGGAGAUGAAGGUCGAAAACAAGCUCAAGGCAUUGGCUGAGGAUGAUGAGGCCCGCAAGGUCACGGCUGUUGAUGUGCCCGACACUGAGCCCGAGUCCACUCCUGCGCCCCAGCCUGCAGAGGCUACCAGCACUUCCGGUACCAAGCAGACGGCCGCGGCGACGCCCCCCGCUCCCCAGCCCACCCCCGCGGACAAGGUCAGGCACGAGUGGUACUCUUUUGGCGAGAAUGUCACCAUCAGCAUCUUCGCGAAGGGUGUGCCCAAGGAUAAGGUUGAGGUUGAAAUUGAGGAGCGCAGCUUGUCGGUAUCAUUCCCCACCGCGAACUCGACGUCGUAUGAACUUAACCUCGAUCCUCUCUUCGCGCCUGUCGUUCCUGACAAGUCAUCCUACAAUGUUACGCCUUCGAAGGUCGAAAUCACACUCAAGAAGGAAACGCCGGGCAUGAAGUGGUCUGCGCUGGAGAGCAAGGAUGAGUCGCUUCUCAAGACGGCUACCAACAGCCUUGCUGCUUCUAAGUCGACCGCAACAGCCCCGGCAUACCCCACCUCGUCGCGCUCCGGACCUAAGGAUUGGGACAAGGUGGCCAGCGAUUUGACCAAGCCCAAGCAAGCAGGUGCUGACCCGUAUGAUGAUGACGAUGAUGACGGCGGAGACCCUGCCAACGCCUUCUUCCGCAAGCUGUACAAGAACUCAGACCCGGACACACGCAGGGCUAUGCUUAAGAGCUUCCAAGAGAGCAAUGGCACGGCUCUGAGCACUAACUGGGCUGAAGUUGGUAAGGCCACGGUCCCGACGACCCCGCCUGAUGGCAUGGAAGCCAGGAAGUGGGAGUCUUGA